GACUUCCCCGCAGCAACUCUGCGCUCCUCUUCUUCUUCCGUAAUGCUUUGCUUUCCCCAAUCUCUCUCAAACCUGAUCCCUAACUCCGUUUCCUCUCUUUCUCCCCACAACUCGUUCCCUUUGCUUCCAUGGAUGCCGAAUCUCCUCUUCCAUCACUUGCUUCCAAUCCUCACCACCGAUCAGCGACUGUUCUCCGGGCAGCCUCUCGCUGGGAACAUCGCUCGGAGCAAGAACUCCACGCCGUCCUCUCCUCUUCUCUGGCGGCGGCGGAAGGCGGCAAGAAUAAGUACGAGGUGUUCGUGAGCUUCAACGGACAAGACAAUCGCAGGGGAUUCACCACCCAUCUCUGCCAUUCCCUCUCUUCGAAAUUAGGGAUUUCGGUCUUCUACAAGGACGAAAUCAGAUUCGACCCAGGCGCAUCCGUCAUCGCGCCGGAGCUUCUGCGAGCGAUUGACGGUUCCCGAAUUGCGGUCGUCGUAUUGUCGAGGAACUACGCCGAUUCCACCUGCUGUCUCGACGAGCUGCUUCACAUCCUCCGGCACCGGAAAUCGGGAAGUCUACCAGUCAUUCCGGUUUUCUUCGAUGUCGAUCCGUCUGAUUUCAGGAAACCUAGCGGCGGAAGAAUUCAUAGCGCUGCGGGAGACGAUGCUUUAGCGGAGCUCGCUAAUCUCCCCGGAUUCGCCACCGCUGACUACGGAAACGACAUGGAUAUGAUUAGGGAAAUCGUAGGGAAGAUAUGGAACGAAUUGAGCUCUAGUACUACUACUACUGCACUUCCAAGCAUCAUCAGCAACAUCAAUCCUCUAGUUGGAAUGGAGAAACGUGUAAAUGCAGUGAUCAGCUUGCUACAUCUAGAUGCUACUAGACCGGAUGGCAACGAUGUUCGUAUGAUUGGAAUCUGUGGCCCAUCAGGGAGCGGGAAAACCACGGUCGCCAUGGCCGUUUUCGAUGCAAUUCGCUCCGGAUUCGAGUCCAGCACUUACAUUGCCAGCGUCGGGGAAUCCUCCACAACACGCACAGGGCUGUUCCGAUUGCAGAAGCAGCUGGCCGACGAAAUUGGUGGUGAAGGAGUCGAGAUGGGGACGUGGCCUGCCGCGGAGGUGUUCGAAAGGCUGAAGAGGGCAUACAGAGGGAAGAAGCUGCUGCUGAUUCUGGACGGCAUCACCCACGAAGUGCAGCUGUUUCGCUUGGGGGCGGAUCGUUCCCUAUUUGGGCCAGGGAGUCGAGUCAUUAUAACUUGCAGAGAGCAGUACCUGGUGAACAAUGAUUAUCAGACCCGUGUGGAUUCUAUGUACGAGACCCAAUUGCUGGACAAGAAUGAAGCUCGUGUUCUACUAAGCUUGGUAGCUUUCGGGCAGGAGGAUUUCUUGGAAGAUUACAGGGAUGUGGGUGAGCAGAUUCUGGAUUAUGCUGGCGGGGUUCCCUUUGUGGUGGAAGUUUUGGGCCGUUCCCUUAGGGGAAGAAGCGUUUCUGAAUGGGAAUACACAAUUGAGAAGCUGAAAAGAAUUCCACCGACAGAGAGAUCGCAUUAGAGGUACCUUAAAGUUAAAAAUGCGAUUUCCGGCUGCAUCAUGGAUUCUGCACUUUGUCUUCUCCACGUUUAGAAAGCUCAUCCCCUCAACAUGCAACACCAGCUCUGGUUCUCUUCCGGAACAGGCAAUGGGAUGAGGUCAACUAUCGUGGUUAUCCGUUAUCCUUCACUCAUGUAAGCAGGAGACCUGGUUUUGACUAGCACUGUUAACUGUUGUACUCCUCCACCAACCGCAGUUCCGACAAAAAUCAGGUCAAUGACACCGCGGCGGCUUAUGGGGUUUUAUUAAAUAAAACAACCCUCGGGAAAGCGGCAGCUCCCCAGAAUGCCAAGUCUCCCCUCCUCUCCAACAUUGCUAUUCAUAUUUCAAUGCAUUGCUCUGAGGGCCAGGAAUUCAAUUCUUCCAUUUCCUACCUCUUCUAGUUCCUGGCCGCCGAUCACCCAUAUACCUUCUUCGCCAAUUCGACGAUGAUAGUCUCUCGCCCGGAAUCUCCGAGUUCUUCCUCUUCUUCGUCGCCAUCUCCGGCAGCUUAUGAUGCUAGUAAGUACGAGGUGUUCGUGAGCUUCAGAGGGGAAGACACUCGCCGGAGUUUCACCAGCCACCUCUGCGACGCACUCUCUUCGAAAUUGGGGAUUUCUCUGGUUUACAAGGACGAGCUCAGCCUCGAGAAAGGCGCGUCCGUUGAGCCCGAGAUCCUGAGAGCGAUCGAGAAUUCCAGAAUUGCUGUCGUCGUCUUGUCAAAGAACUACGCUGAUUCCAGCUGGUGUCUCGACGAGCUGGUUCAGAUCCUCCGUUGCCGGAAGCUCAAAGGUCACCGGGUGAUUCCGAUUUUCUACGAGGUGGACCCGUCGGACGUCGGUAAACAGAAGAGGAUCGGAACCAGCAACGGCUCCGCUGAAGCAUAUGGUGAAUUUCUUGGAGAUAAGGUGGGGAGAUGGAGAGAUGCUUUGGCUGAAGUCGCUAGUAUCUCUGGAUUCACUACUACUGCCCACAGAAAUGACUCGGAUAUGAUAAAGCAAAUCGUGGGGAAGAUAUGGGAGGAACUGAGUUCCACAUUCCGAAGUAUCAGCAAACCUUUGGUUGGAAUGGAUCAACGUGUGAAAGAAGUAAUACGCUUGUUACAUUUAGACUCAAACGCAGAGUGUGAUGAAGAUGAUGAUGUUCGUAUCAUUGGAAUCAGUGGGAUGGGAGGCAGUGGCAAAACCACUGUCGCCAUGGCCGUUCAUGACACAGUUCGCUCUCAAUUCCAGUUCAGCACUUAUCUUGCAUCUGUGGGAGAAGUAUCCAACACUCACUCGGAGAUUCUUCAACUGCAGAAGCAGCUGUUCAGCGAAAUCGCUGGUAAUGCUAUGAUGACAAGUAGGGAAGAAGUAGCCUGGCCGAAAGUUGGAGGAAAGGAAAGACUAAAGAGGGCAUUUAGAGGGAAGAAGCUGCUUCUUAUUGUGGACGAUGUCACUCACCAGAAACAGCUGCAGCAGUUGGCUGUUGAGCGUUCUUUUUUUGGUUUAGGAAGUCGUAUCAUUAUAACUUCCAGAGACCAACACUUGCUGAAGGCUCAAAAGGUGGAUUCUGUAUACCACACCCGAUUGCUGGACAAAAAUGAAGCUCGUGUGUUGAUAAGCCGGGAGGCUUUUGAGCAAGAUGAACCCGUAGAAGGUUACAAAGAGGUGUGUGAGCAUAUUAUCAGUUAUGCCGGCGGGCUUCCUUUGGCACUGGAGGUGUUGGGUUCUUCACUGAGUGGGAGAAGUUCUACUGAAUGGAAAAGUACAAUUAAAAAGCUGAAGAAAAUCCCACCGGGAGGAAUUCUAGAGGUACUUCAAGUGAGUUAUGAUGCACUAGACGAGGAAGAACAAGAGAUAUUCCUAGAUGUUGUGUUCUUCUUUCAUGGUUGGCCGUGGAGAGAAAGUGUGAUCCCUAUACUCGAGAGCCUCUAUCUAGGUGCUGAGAUCGGGAUGAGGAACCUGAUUGAUAAGGCUCUGAUAGAAAUUGGAAUGGGAAAAUUAUCAGCACAUGAUUUGUUAAAAGAGAUGGGGAAAUCCAUUGUCUACUCAGAAAGUCCAAAUCAGCUGGGAAUGCGCAGUAGACUGCAGGGGUAUGAAGAUGUUUGUCAUGUGCUUACAAAGGGAACGGGAAGUGGAAAUGUGAAAGUUCUAUCUUUGGUUCCAAGUCAAAAUGGCCGUACUAUAAUUGACUGUGGUGGGGAAGCCUUUACAAAAAUGUCCAGUCUAAGAUUGCUGGCUUUGUUAGGUACACAGAUCAAGCAAGGACCAACCUGUCUCUCUAAUGAGUUACGAGUUUUGAUUUGGACGUUGUACCCUUCGGAAUCACUGCCGUCUACUUUCAACCCAUGCAACCUUUUUGUGCUGACUAUGCGCGACAGCCAAAAUCUGAAGCAACUCUGGCAUGGAAACAAGACUAUGUUGCAGCUUAGAGAGAUGUGGCUUGACAAUUGCAAGAAUUUGGUUGCGGUCCCAGAUUUCGCCGGAAUGCCUAACCUCGAGAUUCUGAGCCUUGAAGGGUGUGAAUCAUUGCUUGAGGUUCCCUCUUCAUUUGGACAUCUAAAAAAACUUGAGAUAGCAAAUCUAAAUGGGUGUAGGAGUCUAAAGUUAUUUCCUACCAGCCUUCAAAUGACCUCUCUGAAAUUUCUCGACCUGAAGGGAUGCUCAGAGUUGAAGAUGUUCCCAAGCAUUCGGGACGACAUGGACUGUUUGGCUGAUCUAGAACUUCAAGGUGUUGGGAUCCAACAACUAGAUUCGACCAUCCAACGUUUGGCCGGGCUGAAAACAUUGGUUCUUGACAAUUGUCAGCAUCUCGAAAGACUUCCCGACACUGUGGUUUGCUUAACUUCUCUUGAAGUGCUGUCUCUAGAUGGUUGUGUUAGAUUGAAAGAGUUACCUCCUUCACUACGAUGUUGUGUUAGCCUGAAGCAACUGUCUGUGCAAGGAUGUGUGGAGCUUCGAUCUUUGCCCGAGCUUCCGCCUCAAAUCGAGCGGGUGUAUGCGAAUGGUUGCAAGUCCCUGAGAAAGCUUCCAGAUACAGUAAACCUUCGUAACGGACUGAAUAUACAGUUGUAUGGUUGCCUCAAAUUGGAUCAACCUCAGAAGUCAGCUUGGAGGAUACUUAAAAGAUACCUCCAGGGUAUUCCUCAUCCGCAUCAAAAGUUUUCACUUCUGAUUCCAGCUGCAACCAACGAGAAUCCGUGGUCGCUCCAUCGAGUCCAGGGGGGCUUAUCGGUGAUAAUGAUGCACCGUCCUGUUGGCGAUAAUGACAAUACUACAGAUUGGAUCGGGACUGUGGUGGUUGUUUUUUUCCGGGUAAAUGAGUUCAACACCAAGCCAACCAGCAGCACCACCACCACCACCACCCGGGAUUGCGAUGUCUGCUCCUUUGUUACCAAUUUGGGAGUUGUGACUGUACCAGAAUUACCAGGUUCUGGAGGAAUAACAGACGGCGUUUGGCUGUCCUACAUUCCUCGAGAUGCUGCCUCAUUGUACCUCGGAGACCAAAUGGACGAUUUCAAGGUGUGCUUUCAGGGAAUGUGCUCACACAUGGAAAUACAGAGGUGUACGCACAGGAAUGUGUACCGCCGCGACCGACAUGAGGAUGUUGAUAUUCAUGACGAUGGCUUGGCGAUGCCGUCGUCUCUUUUGUUCAUGGAAGUAGUGUCUAGAACUGUGAGGAAGCGGAGCUUUGCUCUGCUGUCUGAUGGUGUCGAAGACGGUGAAGCAGAGCGAGUAUGGGUGCAUAAAAGACCGAGGCCUGUUAAUGCCUUUCCUUACUGGGACAGGAUAGCAUGAUAACACCACAAAGAGGGUAGUUGGAUCGAUUGUACGAGUCAGCUGGCUCUCACGUCUUAUCUGAGAAAAAAAGGCGGGAAAUGAAAAGGAGAUGCAUGUGUAGAUUUUUCAACGUGUUGGCUGGCCCAUUGGCUUAUUUGAGAGCUUGAUGUGACUUCCCUUCAGCGCUCUACUCUCCCCUUCUCCAGUUCUAUACUGUUUCCCCUUUCUCUCAAACCUAAAUCCUUACUUCGUAUAUCUAUUUCUCUCCACAAUUACUUUCUCCGCUUCCAUGGAUCGCGUUCGUCUGCUUUGGUUUUGGAUCCGGAACUGGAUGACCAAUCUCCUCCUCCAUUACUUCCCUCCAAGCCCUGACCGAUCUCCGACCCUUUAUCCGGACAAUCCGACGGCGGCGGCGGCGGCCGCAGUCUCUCCCCGCGAACGCAGACCUCCUCCGAUAAUUUGCUCGCCAUUUUCAGCACCGUCGGCGGAAGGCCGUAAGUACGAGGUGUUCGUGAGCUUCAGAGGGGUAGACACUCGCAGGGGAUUCACCAGCCACCUCUGCGACGCUCUCUCUUCCAAGCUAGGGAUUUCGCUCGUCUACAAGGACGAGCUAUGCCUCGAGAAAGGCGCGUCCGUCGCGCCGGAGCUCCUGAAAGCAAUUGAGGAUUCCAGAAUUGCGGUCGUGGUCUUGUCGAGGAACUACGCCGGUUCCAGCUGGUGUCUCGACGAGCUGGUUCACAUACUCCGGUGCCGGAAACGGAGGGAUCUAAGAGUCAUUCCGAUUUUCUACGAGGUGGAUCCGUCGGAUGUCCGGAAACAGAAGGGAGGAAGCAGCUUCGGUGCCGCUUUUGCUAAACUCGGCAGAGUUUCCGCUGGCGCCGGCAACAAGUUGCGGAACUGGAGAGACGCUCUGACGGAAGUCGCUAAUCUAUCCGGAUUCGCCACUGCUCAUUACAGGUUUGGAGUUCAUGAUUUCUGUUAUCCUGAAAUCCAGCAAUUGCUUGGUUACAAGUUGCUCAAUAAUUUUCUGCCUGCCAAUUGCUUGAUAAAUUGACCGAGUUCGAUUCGACUCCGUUUGUGAAUGGAAAUUCUAGAAACGACUCGGACAUGAUAAAGGAAAUUGCGGGGAAGAUAUGGAAGGAAUUGAGCCCAACAUAUCCAAGCAUCAGCAAGCCUCUGGUUGGAAUUGACAGGCGGGUGAAAGCUGUGAUCAAUCUACUAAGAUUAGACUCGAUAGCUGAAAGGAGAGAUGUUCGUAUAAUUGGAAUCAGCGGGAUAGGAGGUAGUGGCAAAACCACUGUAGCCAUGGCAGUCUACGACACAAUUCGCUCUGGAUUCGAGUUCAGCACCUAUGUUGGCCGCAUUGGAGAAGCCUGCAACGCCUAUGGAGGGCUGCUUCAAUUGCAGAAGCAACUGUUCAGCGAACUUGCUGGUAACGCCAUGGUGGCAGGCUUAGAGGCAUGGCCAGAGUAUGGAGGAAUCGAGAGGCUGAAGAGGAUGUUUAAAGGGAAGAAGCUGCUUCUGAUUGUUGACGACAUCACCCACCAAAAGCAGCUGCAGUAUUUGGCUGUGGAGCAUUCUUUAUUCGGGUUAGGAAGUCGGGUCAUUAUAACUUGCAGAGAUAAACAUUUGCUCAAUGCUCAUAGGGUGGAUUGUAUUUACGAGACCCAGUUGAUGGACGACAAUGAAGCUCGUAUGCUGCUUAGUCAGAAGGCUUUUGAGCAACAGGAACCCUUGGAAGAUUACAGAUAUGUGUCUGAGCAAAUUUUGUCUUAUGCUCAGGGGCUUCCCUUGGCACUGGAAGUGUUGGGUUCUUCACUUCGUGGGAGAAGUGUUUCUGAAUGCAGAAGCAUAAUUAAGAAGCUGAAAAGAAUUCCACCGGGGGAAAUUCUAGAGGUUCUGAAAGUCAGUUAUGAUGUACUGGAUGAGGAAGAGAAGGAUAUGUUCCUAGAUUUCGUGUUUUUCUUCAAUGGUUUCAAUCCAAAGCCUUGCAUAGUAAGAUUUCUACCCUGUAUGGUAGUUGAGUACCUAUAUCCUGAUGCGGGGGUUGGGAUAAGGAAUCUUAUGGAUAAAGCGCUGUUACAAGUUAAGGGUAGGUACCGUGGAGGUAAUUUCUAUAUGCACCCUUUGUUGGACGAGAUGGGGAGGGAAAUUGUUCGCUUGGAAUGUCCAAAUGAGCCUGGACAACGCAGUAGGUUGACUGGAUAUCGAGAUGUCUGCCAUGUGCUCACAAAGCAAACGGGAAGUGAGAAAGUCAAGAUUAUAUCGUUAAGGGGGAAUUUUCAAUGCUUACACAAAAUAACGAGUUCUCCUGAAGCCUUUUCGAGAAUGGUCAAUCUAAAACUGCUGGAAUUGAGAUAUGUGAAGAUGAAAGAAGGACCAAAUGAGCUCCCUGAUGAGCUCCGAUAUCUGUCGUGGAGUCAUUACCCUUCUGAAUCUCUGCCAUUCACUUUCAACCCUCACCGACUGUUUCUACUACAGUUGGAUUACAGCGACAAUCUUAAGCAACUCUGGCAUGGGAAUAAGACAAUGACGUAUCUUACUCGCAUGGACCUUCGCUUCUGCAACAGUUUGAUUGUUAGCCCAGAUUUUACCGGAACACCUAAUCUCGAGUUUCUGUCACUUGAGGGCUGUGGUUCGUUGCUUGAGGUUCACUCAUCAUUUGGGAAUCUCAAAAGACUUGCUUCUGCUGAUUUCAUCGGGUGCAAGAGUUUGGAGGUAUUUCCUACGAGUCUUGAAGCAGAAUCUUUGAAGUUCCUUUCUCUGCAAGGUUGCUCGAAGUUGAAGAGGUUCCCUACUAUUGAUGGAAACAUGGACUGCUUGGCUGAACUCGAUCUACAAGGCGUUGGAAUCCAGCAACUGGAUGCAACAAUUGGACGAUUGGUUGGCUUGACAAGAUUAAACCUUCAGAACUGUGAAUGCCUCACAAGUCUCCCAGACAGUCUUGGUUGUUUGACUUUACUUUACAAGCUUGAUUUAAAUGGUUGUCGUGAACUGGAAGAUUUACCACCUUCCCUACAGCUGUGUAUUUCUCUGGAGUAUCUGAGGGUGGAAGAUUGCGUGAAGCUUAAGUCUUUGCCGGAGCUUCCCCCAUAUAUCAAGAGCGUGGAAGCCAAAGGUUGCAAGUCCCUGGAAGAAAUUCCGGAUACAAUCAACCUGCGCAGCAAUAGGGUGCAUAUUGAUUGCCGCCAGUGCUUCAAAUUGGAUCAAUCAGAGAGCUUAGGUUGGAGAAUGCUUCAAAGAUGCCUGCAGGCUACUCCUACUCCAGAACGAGAAUUUGACAUGGUCACUCCGGCUGGAAUCAACAUGAAGAUGGACAUCCCAGAUUGGUUGUUGUUGUCGAGCCAUCGGACCCAUUGGAGUUCACUAGCGAUGCUGCCACCUGAUGAUGACUUGAAAGCUGUUAGUAACCCGGACUGGAUAGGGACCGUGGUGGUACUUUGCUUCCGUGUAGUUAUCUUUGGUGGCCUUUCCGUCCAAUCCGUCUGCCGCAAGUGUUGCUCUUUCCAACCGCACUUGGUCGGUGCAAGCCUGAGAAGACAACAGGCUGUUGCUGAAGAGCAACGCCAGCUUUGGUUGUCCUACGUUCCCAAGGGUUCUCUGGGAAACUACUUUGCGAACCCGGUGUCCGUUUGCCCGCACAUAGAAUGGGAUUGGUGCGAGUACAGAAAUGUGUACAGUCAUGAGGUUGAAGAGUGGAAGAAAUGA